GCAACAAAUACUAGAGAAAGAUUUCCGGAGGAAUGCUACCGUAGUAGUACGCGCGCCGUGUGCCGUGCGGAUGUGUGUGCGUUUGUGACGUACGCGCGCGAGAGGGAAAGAGAAAGAGGCGGACAGUAUUGUGUAUUCCGAACGACGUUUUGUUUACAUAACGAGAGAUGAUGAUUCGACCUUUGAGAGCUAUUCGCGCGAGCGACACAUAAGAUUCCGUGAGUGAAUCGACCGUCCAGUCCACUACACACGGCAAUGGUGAUUGCGAACGGUGUGAACGUUCGUUCGACUCGUUCUCGAAAACAUGGCAACUAUAAGAGAUCCUCCUUGUUUUGUCGUGUAUAGCAUGAGGCAUAGAUCUUGCACGCUUCGAUCAUUCAUGUCGCAUAUCAUCUUAUCAUUCACGUGCCGCUCGGAGGAAAAGGAGGAGGAGGAGGAGCGAGCAGGCGUUACGUGUAACUCACAGAACGCAAGUCGCAUGAGGAUUUUAGAGGUUAAGCUGCGUAGGCGCUAUGGGACCGAAACGCCAUCGCUCACGUCAGAGCACGAGACUGGCGUUACCUGCGUUCACGAUUCAUGCUGGAUCCGAGCGUGUUAACGGACCUGGAGGAGCUGACGCUUUGCAGUUACUGCAAGCAGAAGUACAAUGACGCGGAGCAAUGUCCCAAGUAUCUCAGCUGUAAGCAUUACUUCUGCCUGCGCUGCAUCGAGAGCAAACUAUUCACAGAAAAAGCAACGAGACGCGAGGUGUUGUGCGCGCAUUGCUGGAAGACGAUGGACCUGGGUGACAAGGAGCCGGAUGCUCUGCCGACUCACUCUCCUCUACUUGCCCUCGCUAACAAUCUGUCCCACCUCAAACUCACGACGAACAACGCGCCCGGCAAGCCCGGUGAUAAGGAGAGAAAGAGUGAAAACUGUCAUACGCACGGGAUGCCGUUGGCAUUGUGGUGCGCAACAUGUUGCACGGCGCUCUGUAGGGCGUGUGCGACUCCGCAGGAGCACCCGGGUCAUCAAAUCAAGUCGCAAACCGAUGCCAAAGAACAGCUCAUAUCUGACGUACAACUGGAGUUAGUCGCCGUAGGUAAACUGUCGACGGAGAUUCAAAGACUGGCUAUGCAGCAACGCGAAUUUCUUAUCAAGGUGCUGGAAGCGUGCGUCACGCUGAAGACACAUGUGGAGACAGAUCUGCAAAAUGGUUGGAGCCACUUCCCCGAGAUAACGGAUGCGCGCGAAACCUUGGGCAAGACUAAGGCCGGCCUGCAGAUGAGCGAGACACCGGGCGACGUGUAUAGUCUGCAUACGCAACUUGUGCUUGAGAAACAGAGGUUACAGUCCAAGUAUCAAGAGAUGAUGCUACAAUGCCAGCUAGACGAUCUAAUCGGGAAUUCCGGCGUGAUCUUCGACUUCGCGCUGCUGAAGCAGGCAUUAGCUGGCAUUCAUACCGGAGAUCCGAUAGUCUCUCAAGGAAUGGUGGGCAAUAGCGGUGGCGGUCGAUUGCAGAAUCAUCUGGCGGCUUCACAGAAUCCGAUAUUAUUUCUCGCGAAUUAUUGUAUGUCGCAACUGUACACGCGUCAUGUUGUCAGUAAGCAACAACAGCAGCAGCAGCAGCAGCAGCAUCACAUGCAGAAUGGUACGAUCGAAUAUCAUUCGACUAUUAUGCCGCAACAGCAAGCACCACCGGGCUCCGUUCAUAUCCAUCAAGGCCCACCACCGCCCCCACCGCCGGUCCAAACAGGCCCGCCGCAGCAACUUCUCAUUCCACCCGGAUCACCGUCCGUCAAACCCGUACCAACCGCGGCAUCCAACGCUAUGCUACAUCCACAGCAGCAACAGUCGACAUUCAUGACCGAUACGGUCGGUAGCAGCAGUAGUGGCGGUCUGGUAACCGUACAUUCGUCCCCUCAAGCACCGUCAAGUGGAAUAACGGCGGCGAGUCUACGCGGCCCUACGAAUCCGUAUCCUCUGUACUACUUCAAUAUCCAAGUGAACGGCUCGCCGCAUGGUCGCAUCGUGAUCGAGGUGAGACCGGACGCGGCGCCAAAAAUGUCGAAGAACUUCAGUGUGCUAUCGACAGGAGAUGUUGGUUACAGCUACGAAGGCUGCACAAUAUUCCAAUGUUGGGAGGGUGAGUCCGUGAUCACGGGCGACUUUGAACAGAACAAUGGCCGUGGCGGACGUAGCAUAUUCGAUGAGGGCUACUUCAUGCCGGAUGACACCAAAUUUCCAGCGGUGAGGGGCGCGGUGGGGAUGCGACGUACGCAGAAGCGACACGAUAACCUAGGUAUGGUUGGCUCGCAGUUUCGUAUAAUACUGCAAGAGAUGCGCGGCUUCACCGGCAUUUUCGGUCACGUGGUCGAGGGACUGGAGUUAGUGGAGAAGAUAUCUACGUUCGGCGACCAGACCGGCAAGCCUACUAAGAAUAUUCUAAUCACGAAGUGCGGUAAAUUGUAACAAUUACGCACGACGCGGUUAUCGCGCGGUUGUUGACGUAUCGUAUACAGUUUCAGGGGGUUUCAGAAUGUUGAUUAAUACCCCGUAUAUAAACCAGCCGUAUAACGUUUUCCCGUUGUCAGAAGAUAGAAGAGAAGGAAGUCGCGACGGUAUGCCCGAAAUAUGCGACCGUGCGCGCGUGCGUUCGGCUAUAAAAAAAAAAUAUGUAAGGGAAAUAUUGAAAAAGAGAGGGAAGAAUCGCGUAUAUGUAAUUGUCUAACGACGGGAGACAAUUAUUAUUAUUUUAUUAUUAAACAUCGCCGUAGAUGUCCGCUCCGGAGGUACCGUCGCGGUGAUCAUUAGCUCUACGAAUCCUCGAACGCUCUGUACGAGCCACGCAACUUAAUUAACUGUUAACAAUAGUGUCUAAAAAGAGAUGUCGAAUCUAUAUUUUUAAAACGUGGGCGCGUGUGAGAGAAGAUAUAAAAAAAAAGAAGAAAUAAAGAUCCAUAUUUUGCUAUUGACCGGGAAUCUGACAAGAUUCUGUAUUUAAACAAUAACGACGAUAUGAUCGACAAAACACACAUACGUACCUCAGAGAUCGAUCGUGAUAUCGAUUACGACUUCUAGCUGAUAUGACGAUUUGUUUUUUUAGAAAGAGAAAGGUCCGACAUUUAUUUUGGCUAUCGACGUUAUUCCGCUAUUACUAUAUAUCGUUAUUUAUAGUUGAUAAAGCGUGUCGCGCGUACCGGGACGAGAUAGAUAGAAUGAGAAUUCGCUGUGCGACUCCACAGUAUAGUUCUCCAUCUGCGGGCGCAGCUGAUAUUUUAGGGCGUAGAUAGAUGAAUAAACAACAAGAGGCAACACGAGUAGACAUGGAAUUUAAGUAUAGUAAAAAAAAAAGUCGAGAAACGAGCUAACUGUAUACGCGUGUACAGACCAGACAUACAGACACAUAUAUGUGAGCGCACGCGCAUGCACGCACACAGUAUCCGGUUCCAUUCGUAUAUCGAUGAAUAACGCACGUUGAAUAUAUCGACUCUUGUGAUUCUCUCGUGGAUGACAAACAGGUACAUACGCACGCGUGCGCGCACCUUUGCAACUUUGUCUAAAAGUCGUGUCUCACAAUUCCGUAUACGCAGGCCUCGUUUAGAAUAUUUAGCUAAAAAGACGACAAAAAACGGCGAUACGUAGCUAAUAUAAAAAAAAGUUAAUCUACGUAUAAAGCACCUGUCGACAUAGGUCACGCGCGUUCUUCCGUUCCAGGAUUGCGAGAAAAGGAAUCAAAAGGGGAAAAAGAGAAACAAAAAGGAACAUUCGUAACUCGCGCGCGCGCGUUUCGCGAGGAAGAAUUCCAGCGCUCGCUCGAAUACGCGAGCCGUUCUCUUUUUGUUCUUUUGCGUCCAAAAUAGCGAACUGACGUGAAUUAAUUGUAUUUAAGAUUAGAUCUCAGUAUGCAAAUAUAUGCAAGGCCUAAUUAUUACUACUACACUACUGUUACUACUAUUACUACUAUUGCAUAGACCAUAAGCCUCGUCAUCGUCUAUUUGAGAAACGAACGAAAGGAAAAAAAAAAA